GGGACAGACAUCUUCAUCUCAUUUUUAAACAUAACUGAUUGAGUAACGUAACAGAAGAGCUACCUAAUAGGAAAAAAACAAUUCUAAAUAGUUCAUUAUUGGAUGUCAACAUGAAAGCAGUAAUCUAUAUACUUCUCUUAAGUGAAAUAUGUUUUGAAUUCAUCCAGGCUGAUAUCAAACCCAAAUUUCCAACAGAGGAAAAAGAGAGUAAUUUCUUGGAAAGAAAUAACAUCAGUAUUUCCAAAGAGUGGUAUCAUCACAAAAAUAUCUCUAAGCCUUUUGAACACCAAGGUUUUGAAGACCAAGGUCUUGAAGAUUUCACUCUUCACAACUUCACUGAAAAGACCACAAAUUUUGGAUUUAACCUCUACAGAAAAAUUGCAAUGACACAUGAUAACAAUGUAAUCAUCUCUCCAUUUUCUGUGUCAGCUCUCAUGAGUGUCUAUAUGAUGGCAACCAAAGGAGAAACACACAGACAAAUUGUAAAAGGUCUAAACCUCCAUGAUGUGAAGGACAGAGUGGAUAGCCAACAUUUACCAGCUUUGUUUAAACAACUGACAGGUAACAUCACAAUGAAUGAAGAAUUUCUCCUCAUGCGAGGUGUUCUUUCUUUUAUUCAAAAGGACUUCAAACUCAAGGAGUCUUUCCUGAAUUUAUCUAAGCAGUACUUUGAUAUGGAAUUCCUGAAAGUAGACUUCGAAAACUUAACACAGGCAAAACUUUUCAUCAAUCAAAAAAUUAACAAAAUUACAAAAGGAAAAAUCCCAAAACUUUUUGAAGAGCUGGACCGCCAUAACAGAGUGGUGCUUGUGGACUACAUUUUCUUUAAAGGCAAGUGGGUCUAUCCAUUUAAUUCCAAAUUCACGGAAAUUGAGACUUUCCACAUAAACAAAUACAGAAGCGUACAGGUACCCAUGAUGUUCAAGUCAGAUAAAAUUAAUUCCACUUUUGAUGAGAACUUAAGAUGCACUGUGAUAAAGAUACCUUACAAAGGGAAUGCCCACAUGCUGAUUGUUAUCCCAGAAAAAGAGGGAGACUACAUUUCAAUUGAAGACCAUUUGACUGCAGAGCUUGUGGAAUCCUGGCUUGGAAGCAUGAAAUCCAGAAAAGUGGAUAUUUCAUUUCCAAAGUUUAAACUAGAGCAAAAAUACAAAAUGAAGAAACUGCUUCAAAGUCUUGGAAUUAAAAAGCUUUUUACACGUUCAGCAGAUCUUAGUCAUCUGACAGAUCACGAAUAUGUAGCGGUUUCACAGGUUGUCCAAAAUGCAGUUAUUGAAGUGGAUGAGGAAGGAACUGAGGCUGCAGCAGCAAGUGGCUCAGAAAUAACUGCAUUCACAGUGCCUCCUGUCAUCAAAGUAGACCGGCCAUUCCUUUUCAUGAUUUUUGAAGAAACUUUUAAAACAUUACUGUUCAUUGGCAGGGUGGUUGAUCCAACAGAAAUGUGAAUAAAGGUAAUCGUUUCUA